GAUGUUUAAACAGCUUUUUUUUAAAAAUCACAAACCGUGUCAAAAUUAUAAAUAAAACCCCGUCACAUAAAUACGGUAAACAUUUUAUGUCUUGAAACCAGAGCAAUGAAUUCGUUUACUCGUUUAUUAUUCGGAGGAAUAUUUCUUCUUACUUUUAUAGUUCAUGAAACAAGUUCGAAUGAAUGUAUCGACUGUACCAAAUGUCGAAAGGAAUUUUAUGUGGAUGGGGAACUAUCGCCGGACUGUCUAGAGGGUUGCAAAAGUGACAAGAUGGAUAAUGAGAUGAUGAAGCGAUGUGCCAUGUCGUUGCGAUGUACUACAAAGGAGGGUGUACAACAAUGUGCGUGCACCCACCAGGCUUGUCCUACCAGCGGUAGCCACACUUUGAAGCUACCAGUAUACCUAUUGCUGUCAUACAUGUUUGCCACUUUAUCUCUAAAAUAUCUUGUAUGACCAAAUAUUGUUAAUUCUUGAAAAACUGUAAAACUGUGUAUCAUGUAGAGUAGGGACUUGUAUACGAGGAAUUGUGAUACUGCAACCAUUCCUAAGAUGUACAAAAACUUUAUUUUUAUUACAUUUUUCGUUAUGUAUAUUUUGAUAUUUUCUCCUUUUGUAUGAUUAACCUCACUGUAUUUGCAUUAUGAACUCGACUUACUUUGAAUUUGGUGCAUUGGUUAUACAAUGGUUUGAAAAUACCAAACUAAGGAUUUAACCACAGGAACAGCUGCGUAUGGAGAUAGAAAGUCCUAAAUUUAUUUAAAAUCCUAGAUAUUACCCAGGGCUGCGUUUCAUAGGAAGUCCUAAGUGUAUCCAAAAUUCUAGAUAUUACCCAGGACUGAGUUUCAUAGAAAGUCCUAGGACUUUUGACAAACUAUAACAAUAGCUUAAGAAUGUUUCAAUAAAUAAUUUUACCUGUUGUGAAAGUCUUAAACUUUCAUUAAUUUCAUUUUCCUGAGAAAAGUUAAAAAGAUACAAUAACACACGCUUCAAUAUGGUUAUCUGCAUGGCUUUUAAGACAUUGGACAAGUGGUGACAUUGGAAACAUAUCUUUGAAGCACAAAACUGUCUUAACUUUGGUCCGGAGACUGAUUUAAGGGCUUUUCAUGAAACGCAACACUGAUCGUUAGCCAAUACAAGGAACAAUGGAGUUAUGUUUACAUGUAUAUCUUGUUAUCAAGAAUAAAGAAAACAAAACAAAA